CCAAGUAACACCCAUCGUUUCAAAUUUUAUUAGUAGAGUUUAUCUAUCGGUUAAUGGUGCUGGUCUUGCACUGAGAGGAGGCCGGAGAUAUUUGCAUCUCCACAUUUCCUAAUAGUCAGGGUAAACAAAAAGGGAAGCAAAGAUGGCAAGAAAAGAAAAAAGAGAAGUUUUUCUCCACUUUAAAGCAAUCCCCAGCAAGCUCAAAGUCUUCUGUUUUUUUUACUUAUUAAUUUAUUAUUUUAAAAUCAUCUGAAAGUUUCAAAUUCUACUCUAUUUGUGUCCCUUUCUUUUCUUUUUCAGAUUUAAAAAUGGCUCCGUCAAAGAGGCUGAAGGCUCCUUAAUUGAUUGAUUCUUUUUCACCGGAGCAAGAAAUUGUCUGCACUUCAUCUUCUUCUUGGAGUUACUUGCAGUUAACCAAGCAAAGACCCCUUAGCUUUUUGUCGGAGAAACAUUAAAAAAUCCGAUGAGGACAAGCGGUGCUGGUUCUUCCAGAAGCGAACAAGACGAUGAUUCCCCCAUGAGAAAUAGCCAAGAGACUUCUUGUCAAUACACAGAUCAACAACAGGCAGAGCUUUUUAGAAAACUUGAUUCGUUAAAAGGCCACGUUCUCCGUGGUCAAGAUUCACCAAGAGCCUCACAUCCUCCUCCUCCUCCUGCUAUGGGUUUCCAUGGACCACCAACACCUUAUUACAAUCCUCCUUAUGGAAUGUAUCCUUCCCCGGGGCCUCAUGGUUUCCCAAUGCAUCAAAGCUUGUAUCCAGGUCAUUACCCGAACCAAAUGCUGCCUCGUCCUCCCUAUCCUCCUCAAGGACAUUAUGUAGAUAUUGGUCCUGACAUACUUGACCCCCAGUUACACGACCCUAGAUUCUUUCCUACUAGGUACCCUGUUUCGCACCAUCCCGAGAAGAUUAGACCGUUUAGUCCUCCACAUGGUGGUGGUGGUCAAGGUCAUCAUCACACGAGGCGGCCCAGCGAAGUUAACUCUGAAACGGGUGACGGUGCUUUUGCACGUGGGUAUGUUCAAACUGCUGCUGGUUCCCGUCGUUGCCAUCCUCUAGCAGGAGGUGCGCCCUUUGCAGCUUGUCACAAUUGCUUUGAGCUACUCUACUUGCCUAGGAAGAAGCUUCUUUCUCAGGAAAAGCAGCAACAACAAAAGCUUCAAUGUGGUGCUUGCUCUGAGGUCUUCAGUUUCACUAUUGUCCAUAAUAAGCUUCUUUUCUCUUCUUCUUCUUCUUCAGCUCUUGAGGAGACUCAGCGAGUUCCUGUAGUGGUAACUGAUUGUCCACUUAAGGAUGAGGAACCAAUAACACACCUGGAAAAUAAAACUGUCCAGGCUAUAUCGCCUAGUGAACACUCAGAUGAUGAUGAUGAAGGAGGAAGAUCAAGCGUUUCUAGUGAGGUCGUCAAGUCUGUUCGCCGUAGAGCCAAAGACGCUCCUCCACCCCCUCCUCCUGAAAAUUCUAAUCUUCUUGAGCUGUUUGAGUAUUCUAAUGUAAACAGAACUGCACUCACUUACGGAAUGUCACAGCUAGGGUACAAUAAGCAAGUAUCCUACACGAAACAAGACUCCUUAGCUUCUGAAACUGAUAUUUCUUACAACGGGUACUAUAACAACAACACUGAGGUGUCUGACAAUUCAAGGAUCUCAAACGCUAGUAAAGAUGAGAGAAGACGAAAGCAGAGUAGCGAUUACAAUUUAUCGGAGGCCACACGUAAUAAUAAAACCAGAUCUAGUGAUGACCAAUACGACAGGGAGCUAGAGGUUUGGGUGAAUGGGCAUCUUAUACCGGAAGAUCAGGUUAUCAGCGCCGAGAAACAAGCUGGACCUGUUCAAGCUGGCAACUACUGGUAUGACUACCGUGCUGGAUUCUGGGGAGUGAUGGGACACCCCUGUCUCGGUAUCAUACCUCCAUUUAUAGAAGAGUUUAGCCGUCCAAUGCCGGAUAACUGCGGUGCAGGAAACACGGGAGUGUUUGUGAACGGAAGAGAGCUUCACGAGAGAGAUCUUGAGUUACUCUCAAGUAGAGGUCUUCCUCGAGGCAAGAACCGUUCUUACAUCGUUGAUAUAUCAGGAAGAGUUCUUGAUGGAGACUCUGGUGAAGAACUUAAGUGUCUUGGCAAAUUAGCUCCAACGAUUGAGAAGGUUAAGCAUGGAUUUGGCAUGAGAGUUCCAAGAUACCUAGCUUCAUCAACUUGAUUCAGCAUCUUCUUCUGGCUUCAAUCUUUCGUUGUUUGAUUGAAAUGUAUAUUGUGUUUUUCUGUAACACAUAUCAUUAUAUUCUGAUUUCUGACCCCACAGCUUGCCUUUAGUGUUUCAGUCUAUUCUUUUUUUUCUUUCUCUUUUCUUGUAAUUUUCGGUCUGGGUUAAAAGAUAACAAUCUGAUUUUCUUGUGAUCUUAUGGUGUAUGUAAAAAUUGAUAUUUUUUUGUUUGUUGUGGAUCAUUUUUUUUA